UCCUGGAAAUCUCUGUGGUGGCAAACCCUUUUUGAGCAAUAUCUGGUGACUUGAACAGCUCAGUCAAAUUUGUUCCACCAAACUGUGUAAACACGUAAGAACAGAGCAGCGUGAAAAAUGUUCCAGAAGAAUGCCUUGGCAAAACUUAGUUCCAUUAAUGAAACAGGAACAAUGAAGGCUGUACGAGUCCAUACAUUCGGAGGCCCAGAAGUCCUGAAAGUCGAAUAUGAUGUCCCGAUUCCUAUCCCAAGUGAGACUCAGGCUUUGAUUCGAGUUGGUGCAGCUGGUGUUAAUCCUGUGGACACGUACAUUCGUAUGGGAUUAUUUGCACAAUUGCCAAUUCUGCCUUACAUCCCUGGUCGUGAUGGCUCUGGAACGGUGGAGAAAAUUGGCUCUGAAGUUACUACACUCAAGGUGGGAGAUCGCGUCUUUUUCUCUGGAGCAACUGGCUCUUAUGCCGAGUAUGUUACUUGCGAAUCGCAUUCCGUUUAUCACCUGCCUGAUCGCCUCUCCUUCGCCCAAGGAGCAGCUCUAGGCGUCCCAUACUUCACAGCUUAUCGCGCAAUCUUUAUCAAAGGAAAUGCCAAACCAGGCGAUCGCAUACUCGUACACGGUGCUAGCGGAGCAGUUGGUUUAGCAGCUUGUCAACUUGCUAAAGCCCAUGGUUUGAUCGUCGUUGGAACGGCUGGCUCUCCGCAGGGGUUGGAACUGGUGAAGAAGAAUGGUGCUCAUUGGGUAUUCAAUCACAAGGAGAAGGGCUAUCUAGAAGAAGCCGCCAAAGCAGCAGGUGGUGAAGGUUUCGACAUCAUUCUUGAAAACGCAUCCGACAUUAAUCUUGACAAAGAUUUGACUGUAAUUGGUCCUGAUGCUCGUAUUGUGGUUGUGGGUAAUCGAGGCAAUGUUGAUAUUAGUCCUCGCUUCCUGAUGGCAGUAGAAGCUUCAAUUAUUGGAUGUGCUCUAUUCAGGUCCACUCCGGACGAGUGGGUCCAAACGGCUGCAGCGGUAGUUUCAGGCUUGGAUGUAGGUUUCCUGACUCCGUUUGUCGAUAAAGAAUAUACAAUGGAAGGUGUUCAAGAGGCUCAUGCCAGCGUACUUAGUCAUGAAGGAGGAUCUCGUGGCAAGGUGGUCCUGAAAAUCAUGAAGUAGCUCAAUCAGUCGUGUGCUGACACCAUUUAUGGAAAACGAAUAUUCAACCAAUUGGUUUAUUGAAAUGAAUAAAUUCUGGAUGUGGA